CCGAGGCGCAUGAUGUGGGCGAGGGCAAAACCCUUCCUCGGAUUUCUCUACCGACAGAGAGAACUGCGAGGAAGAGAUGAGAUGGGCGUGACAACGGAGUGUCUGGACUAGACUGAAAACACUCUUCUCCUGGAUUAAGAUCCGCGCUGGUUUCCGUGCAACUGAUGACAACGGAGUGUGGCAAUGCAAACCACACGACGUGAUGCGCGUGCCAUCCAGUUUAACACCGCGAGUGAUGAAUUAACAGCACGACGCCCAGUUUUACGGCCACACGGGGAUUGACAAGCCAAGGAUAUUCAAGGCAGGGGUCUAUAACAUCAUCAGCUGCGAGUUGUUCUUGUGGAUAUGGUUUUGGAAGGGAGCUCCGAAGCUCUUUGCCCUCCUCCGUCCCUGGAGCUGCGCCCAUCAUGCAACAAGAACCAGCCGUCUCCUCCUCUGGGAUCAGGAUCUCAGUCCCAUGAUGCUCUCUGCCCUGAGGACAAGGAGCCCAUCAAGUACGGGGAGCUGAUAGUGCUGGGGCAUAAUGGUUCGCUAGCUAGCGGGGAUAAGGGCCGCAGGAGGAGUCGGCUGGCCCUUUACAAACGGCCCAAAGCCAAUGGCGUCAAACCUGAUGUCAUCCACAAUGUCUCCACACCUCUGGUGUCCAAGGCCCUAAGCAACAAAAGCCAACACAGCAUCUCCUACACAUUGUCCCGGAGUCAUUCUGUUAUAGUGGAAUAUACACAUGACCCCAACACCGACAUGUUUCAGAUCGGCCGUUCCACAGAGAGCAUGAUAGACUUCGUGGUGACAGACACAGCAGGCAGUGGCACUGGAGGACAAGGGCAGGGGGGCGCAAACGGAGAGGGAGGACAGUCGGCCCAGAGCACCAUCUCCCGCUACGCUUGCCGCAUCAUGUGUGAGCGUAGUGCUCCGUACACAGCACGAAUAUAUGCAGCGGGCUUUGACUCUUCCAAAAACAUCUUCCUUGGGGAGCGAGCUGCUAAAUGGAGGACCUCAGAUGGUUUGAUGGAUGGACUAACAACCAAUGGGGUGCUGGUAAUGCACCCGGCAGGGGAGUUCGUAUCCGAGCCCGCUCCAGGGGUGUGGAGGGAAAUCUCAGUGUGUGGGAAUGUGUUCGCCCUUCGAGAGACACGGUCCGCCCAGCAGAGAGGAAAACUGGUAGAGAACGAGUCAAACAUGCUGCAGGAUGGUUCUCUCAUCGAUCUCUGCGGGGCCACUCUGCUUUGGCGGACCCCUAGCGGUCUUCGUCACACCCCGACUCUCAAACAGCUGGAGUCUCUACGUCAGGAACUAAACGCAGCCCGUCCCCAGUGCCCCGUGGGCUUCAACACGCUCGCCUUCCCCAGCCUGGCACAGCGCGCCACCAUCGACAAGAAACAGCCCUGGGUCUAUAUGAACUGCGGACACGUGCACGGAUACCACAACUGGGGCUUUCGUAAGGAGAAAGCGGGAUCCUCCGCGGUGGCAUUAACCGGAGGAGGAGGAGGCACGGCUCCGGCUACGACCGGAGAUCGCGAGUGUCCCAUGUGCAGAGGGGUUGGUCCCUACGUGCCCCUCUGGCUCGGGUGCGAGGGGGGCCUGUACCUGGAUGCAGGGCCCCCGACACAUGCGUUCUGCCCCUGCGGUCACGUGUGCUCGGAAAAGACGGUGCAAGGCUGGAGUCAGAUCCCACUGCCGCACGGAACGCAUGCCUUCCACGCUGCUUGUCCUUUCUGUGGAACGUGGCUGACCGGGGAACAGGGCCACAUCAAACUCAUCUUCCAAGGGCCCGUCGACUGAGAGGAGCAGUGAGAUGUCGAGACUGAAUCACAGAAACUGAGAGUUUGGACUGUGGAGGGUGGACACAAAAGGAAGAGCUUGUGAAAAAGGCAAGGAUGACAAAAAGGGAAUAUACUUUGUUAUGCGAUGGAGAAUGUGUAAAUAAAAGUGAUGAAAUAAAAGUUGAAAACAUGGAA